AAAUGUUCCAAAAUUGAAUCCUGGAAUUCGUUUGCCUAAUCCACGGUUCCGUGGUUCUUGACCUCAUCCGCCCAAGCUCCAGCCACCCGUCCCAAGCUCUCCACCUGUGCAGAUCAUCCCAAGCUCCACCACCACCGUUAUCAAACCCCACGAAUUAAACUCCACAGAUUACAACUCCAGUAUAUACACUUUGUCUCUCUUUGACCGCGAAUUAAGACUUCCAUAUCCAAGCGCGAUUGGCGCACACAACCCCCAAACAUGAGCUACGCCUACAUCAUCUCAAAACGCCUCGACCCCGUCUUCGCCCUCGCCAUCGGUGCCGGCGCCGCCGCUGCCCGGAUAAGUCGCGAAGAGAAAGAGAAGGGCCGGAACGCUGCACAGACAGUAGAUGUGUUGAGGCGGAGAGUCGGGUUGGCGUGGGAGAAGAUUGGGGCGAAGUGGGAGGGAAAGGCCUGA